UCGCUGUAGAGGGUGGGCAGUCCGAUCUUGUGUACACUGACUGCGGAAGUUGCACUUAGAGUUCACCGGAGACUUACUCCCGAGUAAGCGUGCGGAGGACUGUGGUCUUCCUAGCCUCGGUGUGCAGGCGUUGUCCCUUCGUUGUAUCAUGUCAUGGAGGUAGGGGGCAUUGCUGGGCGGGAGCCGGCGACGCGCCGUUGGGUGGUAAACGCGCAGUAACUUCCACGGAUUCUCUGACCCAUCGGGAAAUCGGCCUCAAACCGGUUGGUGGCUGCAAAACGGGAGGCGGCUCAUAACCCUUCCCGCCCAGAGCAAACAGAGCCGCAUUUCUUGAUGUGUGAGUCGGUGCGUGCAAAUGACGAGUUGUGGAGGUGGGGCAACGAAUCCCCUCCGUCAAGGCUUGACGCGUUUGGUAAAACCGAUAAAUUUAAUUUUCUGCUGUUCAGGAAGAGACACAAUUUCAGUUCCCCGGAUCGCAGAUCAAUCGCCUGGUUAACGGCAACUUCUUGGGGUACGCUGGAUCUCUCAGAAAAUGUUUUCUCUAGGAGCGAAUCGGACUGUGCAGGAUCUGUCAUGUGAAAACGACGCCGGAUUUAAUGAAACACAAGCAUCGUUCAGAGCUGCAUGUACGAGAUCCCUCUUGAUGUCUCCCUUACAAAGGCUGUUUGACAUUACUGUCGGCAAGUUAAUCAAGAAGAUUGAGAACCCCUUAUCUACUCUGGUUUGGAGGAUGCUGUUUUCUUGUCAGGAAUGUGUUUCGUAUUCUACUGUGGUUUUUUUUAGAGGGGAUGAAUCUUGGUGGACAGAGAUCUUGUGGAAAUAGAUGUGGUACUUAAAAGUUUAUGCAAAUGAACUUUGCUCAGUAAGUGUUACUGCAGAGUGAAAUGCAUUCAGGAUUUAUUAAAAGGAAGUAAUUGCUGCUCUGGAGUCAAGUGAGGCAUUUUCUGAAUUUUUGCACUGAAGUUAUUUUCAGAGGUUUUUAAGCACAGUAGUAUGGUUUCAUGUAGGGAAUUCUUUUUUAUUUGGCAACAUAUUAGAUCUUGCACAGGUCAUCUGGAAGUUGUUCUGUGGGUUGAACUGAUUAUUUUGUUGGAUUGUGCUAGCUUUUCUGCUGAUUUAGGAAUGAGAAGAGACUUUUUUGAUGCUUAGAAAGCUUACACUGGCAAUGAUGCUCCUUGGUUGGACAAAAAACUAUAUAGAGUAAGGCUAUAUUGGACAGGGGAGUUAGGUAAAAUUGCCCCUCUUUUUUCUGUCUUUGGUGGGAAAGUUUAUAGGAAUCCAGCUUGUAAGAUUUUAUCCUACUUUCCAUGGAAUUCAAGGUGGUGUUACCUGGGCUCCCAAGUGGUCUUCCAUCCAGUCCUGAACAGAUCCGGAUUUGCUUCAAUUCCACAAGGUUCUGCAUCAUGUUCUUUCUUCUCGCCAUGCCUUGGAACCUGACAGUUCAUAUCUUCUUAUUUUGGGGAAUUUUUAUCAAAAUACAUACCAGUCUUGCUUGUGCAUGUUAGGGCUGUUUUCCUGUGCUGGAUGUGGCAAUUUUUAAAGUUUGGUCAUCACAGAGAGUCUUUGAGUUGCUGAAGAACAUUUACAUUAGCUGUGUAAAGUAUUUGUUAUAUACAUGUGAGAAUUAUUUAUCCUGUAUUUUUACCUUUUUGUAUAGGAUGUUAGUGAAUAUCAUUGUUGACAGUGGGAAUUAUGCCAUGGAUUUCAAAGGAUAAGAAAGCACUCUAUAAAAAAGUGAACCAAGCUUUUCGGACCGUGACAAUUUUCUGUACCAUUUUGGGAUACAUGCAUGUGGUUCACGAAGUUUUUAUCUUCAGGAUACAGCUGUUUAACUUUACAGUCUUUGGUCUAUUUUUGGUCCUGGAGAUCAGGCACUAACAACAGUGGAAAAUGGUUGUGCUGUGUAAAUAGUUAACUAAGGCUGCAAUCCUGUGCAUUCCUAUUUAGUAGUGAGAGCUGUUGAAAUCAGGGAUUUUCUAGUGUUCAUGCAUAGAUUGGACUGUGGUUUUCUGUCUUUGGCUGGUCAGGAAGUCAUUUAGCAACUGUCGUGUAUUUUUCAGCGUUUUUUGAUUUAAUUAGAAUAGAAAAUUUAAGAUUUUUUUGUGUGUGUCAUGGGAUAACAAGCACUGCUAGGGAAACUGGAAUGAGCUUAAUUUGUACAUUUUCCUAGAAUACCAGCUAUGGGAUUUUAAAACAUUGCAGAACCAUCAUCAUACAUUUUGUGGAAAAUUCAACUGUAAUGAACGUCUCUUUGGAAACGUACGAAUUUUACAAGAGCUGGACAUCUAUUUUUACUCGGGACAUCAUCUUUCAAGGACUACCGACACUGAACAGGCUGUUGAAUUUUCACUGUUGGAACCUAUUGAAGACUACUCUUGGCAUAUUCCUAUUGUUUACUGAAGUCUUUUGUAAUAUUUGAAUGUAUUUUAAGAAGUGUCUACAAGCCAGUGUGCUCUUCAGUUGAAGUUUUUCUUCUUUUUACAUAUCCUUUGGACUGGGGAUGCAACUUAGCUCAAGACUACCUACCAACUUUACUCUUUUCACUGGUAACUGUUGUCCAUGGUUAUUGAAAUUCCCUGGGAAUGUGGCACAGUAUGUAAACCAAACUGUUUGUUAGCCAUUAAUUAUGUUUCAUUUUCUUUCCACAGUUAAGUUGAUUUCUCAGACUUUUAUCAGGCCUACCAAGUGAAAACAGGUGAUUAUUGCUGUGGGUUGAGCUCAGAAUGGCAGUAGUCAUCCGUUUACAGGGGCUUCCUGUUGUUGCGGGUUCUGCAGAUAUUCGCCGUUUCUUCUCAGGAUUGAAUAUUCCUGAUGGAGGUGUACACAUCAUUGGAGGAGAGAAAGGGGAAGCCUUUAUUAUCUUUGCAACAGAUGAAGAUGCACGACAAGGAAUGAGCUUUUCAGGACGAUUUAUCAAGGACUCACGUAUUGAGCUUUUCCUCAGCAGCAAGACUGAAAUGCAGAAUAUAAUAAAAGUGAGUCGGAAAAGAUUUGAUCACGGUGGGAGAGAGACAGUGACUGGGUCUAGGCGGGCAGGUUCUAGUAAUUCAGGAGUUGGGAAUCUUUCAAAUUUAGUUGCAGCAAUUAAAAAAGGAAUUGGUAAAUCCAGCUAUGGUUCUCUGAAUGAGAUGGAGGAUGACAUUCAUUCUGAUGGCUCUCAAAACAGUGACACAGAGGUUUCAAAAUCAACUUCUAAUCAGGCCAAGAAAGAGUCAUUUAACUCAGACAAUGUGUAUGUGUUUCUACGCGGGAUGCCUUACUCAGCAUCAGAAGAUGAUGUCAUUAAUUUCUUCUCAGGAUUGCAAGUGGAGGGAGUGAUAUUGUUGAAAGCUAAGGAUGGUCGACCAGAUGGUAAUGGUGUGGUAAAAUUUGCUACAUCAAGUGAUGCUAUGAAAGGAGUGCAACGUAAUCGGGAGUACAUGGGUACAAGAUUUAUAGAAGUAUGUCCCGCUAGUAAAGGAACAUGGCUUAAAUACAGUAGAAGAGGAGUUGAGAAUGCGGAUCACUCUUUCAACCGUUUUGCUCAGUUAAACAUGGAAAGGUCUUCAAGCAGAGAACGUGGUCCAAGAAGAGAAUCAUGUUACACGUCUUCAAGAAAACUGUCCCGUUCCAGGUCUCCUCCAACGAGAUUUUUGGUGCAUUCCCGCUCAAGGUCUCCUCCAAGGACAUUUUUAUCACAUUCCCUUUCAAAGUCUCCAAGGAGAUUUUUGUCACGCUCUCGUUCAAGGUCUCCUGUGAGGAGAGCUGCAGCACGUUCCCGUUCAGGGUCUCUUCAGAGGACAACUGCCGCACGUUCCCGUUCACCUCUUUCCCAUUCCACCCUCACUCAGUCAUCAAAUAGUAACGAGUUUUACAUACAUAUAAAAAAUUUGUCACCAGCUGUUGAGAAAAGAGAUUUGAGAGUGUUCUUUGGUGGACUAGAUAUACCUAACUAUAACAUCACAUUUUUAAAGCAUGAUGGUAACUAUGAAAAAAAAAGGGAAGCGAUUGUGACUUUCAAAUUAUUCAGCGAAUAUAAGGCUUCACUGAGCUAUCACAAGGAGAGUCUUUUUGGUCAACCAGUUCACAUUUUCCCCACUUCUAAAAAAUCAAUUUUGCAUAUUGAGUCUUCAGAAAGAAAAAGAUCAUCAGAGAGACCUCAUCAUCUAAAGGAAAAACGGGAUGGAAGUUCUGGGCAAAAGACUUGUGUAUAUGUAAGGAAUUUUCCAUUUGAUGUGACAAAUGUUGAAGUUCAGAAGUUCUUUGCGGGAUUUAAUAUUGAUGACAGUGACAUACAUUUACUUUACGACGACAAAGGAAUUGGAUUGGGAGAAGCACUGGUCAGGUUCAGAUCUGAAGAUCAAGCCCGGAAAGCUGAAAAUUUAAAUCGUCGACGGUUUCUGGGAACAGAAGUGCUACUAAGGUGUAUACCCAAGGAGCAAAUGCAGGAAUUUGGUAUUAAUACCUCAUCAAUGUCAGGUGAAAAGAUACGGGUUCACUCCCAUGCACAUACUAGAGGUGACGACUUUUAUGCGGUUGGUUCUCAAGGGUCACCAAUGCAAGGGAACCUUAAGCAUCCAUCUGAUUACAGAGGUCCUGAUGACUUCCUGUGCUCACCUGAUCGUUUUAGAGGUCCUCCCCCUUUUCCAGAUUUCCGUGGUAAAGGUAAUCCUGGAGGUUUCCCUGAGGGGCACUUUAUGUCAGAGUCUAAUUUCAGUGGUGGCUCUGAUCACAUUACACUGAUUAAAUUAAAGAAUAUACCAUUUCGAGCAGCUCCUAAUGAAGUUUUGGAUUUCUUCCAUGGUUAUAAAGUCAUACCGGAAUCACUUUCUAUUCAUAACAAUGAAUUUGGAUUGCCUUCUGGUGAAGCCACCCUUGCUCUGGUGAAUUAUGAGGAGGCAAAAGCAGCUGUUAAUGAACUGAAUGACCGUCCAUUUGGCCACCGCAAAGUUAGGGUCACUUUCGUGUAGAUGAGAACAUGCGGAAGAAGAAAACUACAUUUACAGUGUUGCAUCAGAGCCAAAUACACAUGUUUUAUGCUGAAAAAUGAAGGGCAAAACUCCUUAUGUUGUAAAUAAUUUCACAUUUACUUUCAAUUUUAUAUUUUCUUCCCUGAACUUCAGGGAGUUUUUUUGGAAGCAUUUGAUCAUUUCAGUAGUUCCAGCACAUAGACUUGCCAAGUGUGUAGCCACGUGUUUGGAUGCAGCAUAUUUUAAAUAUGUUCUUUUGCUAAUUUGCAUCUUCCGAGCCAUUAGUAAGCAAACUUUUAAGUUUAAAUCCCCACUCUGUAUACUACAAACAAGCUGGUUGCAUGAAUAAUCUGUGUUCUUGCCCAUUGCUACUGUCAAUUGCAAAUUAAGUUCUCGGGCGUUUGAUAAUGUCUGCUGCUCAGUUCUUUCAAAAUAAAUUACAUUAAUUGAAA